GGAGGCUGACAGAGCGGAGCAGAGCAGAGCAGAGCAGGGACAGUCCAUUUUUGGGAAAAAGGGCAUUCCUUCAACUCUUGGUCAAUGCACCGAAGCUCCAGCGCGACCAGACAACGGUCCAUGAACACCGGGGGUCGGCUUUCGCGUAAAGGCGCAAUAGUUUGGCGCAUAGUUUGGCACAUAGUUUGGCGCAUAGUUUUGGAGGUGGUGGUGUGAGACCCUGCUGGGUAGAGGUGAGGGCAUUUAGGGGGAGAUUUCACUGGACGUCCACAUCUUUCCUUUGAGAAAACCAUAAACCAUGCUUCAUGAAAUGCGUGGCUUCAGGGUUUGCUCCUCCGCCAGGAUGUUGGCAGCUCUGGUAUUUCUUGUGCUUUGCAUCCAGCCUGGCCACGCACAGACCUGCACAGAGGGGUUUGCUUAUGACCGCAGGUCGAGAGUGUGUAUAGAUGUGGAUGAGUGCCGUACCCAGCCAGAUGUUUGCCGAGGAGACAUGCGCUGUGUCAACCAGAACGGAGGCUACCUGUGCCUGCCGAGGAGCUUGUACAACCAGCCGUACCGACCGGAGAUCCCGGCCGUGCCCGAGCCCGAGGCCGCGUACCCGGACUCAUCGGUUGGAUUUGCAGAGCCCUUCAACCCGCCGAGAUCCGUGGAGCCCAGCUACCCCAGAGUGAGGACCACAGCGCAGUGCAUCCUGGGAUAUAGUCCUGCGGAGGAUGGCACCUGUAAUGACAUUGAUGAAUGUGAGACAAACUCUCACCACUGUAACCCCACCCAGGUCUGCAUCAAUACAGCAGGUGGCUACACCUGUUCCUGCACUGAAGGAUACUGGCUCAUUGGUGGACAGUGUCAGGAUAUUGAUGAAUGUCGCUAUGGUUACUGCCAACAGCUGUGUGCCAACGUCCCCGGCUCUUAUUCCUGCUCCUGUAACCCCGGCUUCAUCCUUAACCCAGACAGCAGGACCUGUCAAGAUGUGGAUGAGUGUGAAGAGGAGCCCUGUAGUCACGGCUGCUUCAACACCUACGGCUCCUACAUGUGCAACUGUGACGAGGGAUUUGAGUUGGCGGCCGACGGGACUUCUUGCAUUGACUUGGAUGAGUGCAGCUUCUCUGAGUUUCUGUGUCAGCACAGAUGUGUGAAUACGCCCGGCUCUUUCUCCUGUGUCUGUCCGCCCGGAUAUUAUGUAUUUGAGGACGGCAGGAGUUGUGAAGAUAUCAAUGAAUGUGACACUGGUAACAACACCUGUACAACAGCACAAGUAUGUUUCAAUUUCCAGGGAGGCAAUACAUGCCUGGAUGCUUUACAGUGUCACUCUCCUUACAUCGAAGUUAGUGACAAUCAGUGCAUGUGUUCAGCUGAGAACCCAGCCUGCAGGGACAAACCCUUCACUAUUCUGUACCGACACAUGGACCUGUCGUCGGGGCGCAGUGUGCCUGCAGACAUCUUCCAGAUGCAGGCCACCACGCGUUACCCCGGCGCCUUCUACAUAUUUCAGAUAAAGUCGGGCAACGAGGGACGAGAGUUUUACAUGAGGCAAACCAGUAAUGUGAGCGCCACACUGGUCCUGUCGCGGCCCAUCAAGGGGCCCAGAGAGAUGGUGCUGGACUUGGAGAUGGUCACGGUCAACAACGUCAUCAACUUCCGAGGCAGCUCCAUCAUUCGUCUGACGGUGUUCGUCUCAGAGCAUCCGUUCUGAGCAUCCCACAAUGAACUUUGACGCCCCCUCCAAAAGAAUCGAGCUGCUCUCAUCUGCAGCUGAUGCCAUGGUUUGUUUGAGACAGCGCGUCACCUUUUCUUUUAAAUCAUUUUGUCAUCCUCAAUAAAGACAUGUCCGAUAAAGACUCGGCUGAUGGGAAAAGCAUCCCGGUGCUCGAAUCCCCACCCUGGUUUAAUGGACACUGAGCUUUUAUGGCUGCGAUAUGGACUAUCGACACAGAGGGAUAUUUAUGGUGUACAAUUUCUGACAUCCUCUAUCUAGAAAAUUAUGGGAAUUACCCUUUCGAGUACCAGCGUAAACACAAUACAGUCUUGUUUUUCACGAGUUACCCCAGUUGUCAUCCCUUCAGAUAAGCUGUGAAAGUACCUUUUAUAUGCCUGAAUUCAAGAGCCGUCACUGCAUCAUCGUGAGCGCCAUCAGAUCAUUGUCCUGUUCUUUUAUUAUGAGACGGUAAUCUGAGCUGAAGUGUAAUUGUGCCUUUGCAGUGGCAAUAUUUGAAAUUAUGUAACAACCAGUCAUUAACUGAAUUAUUGAUCACAGUUUAUUUUAGACCAAUAAAUGUCUUCACCACACAACUGUCCCUGACAGCAUACUUUAUUUUAGGAUAAUAAGGUCAUAUUUUCAGGAGGAUUUUAGAAUUGUGUGAUUAUGAAUAUCAAAUGUAGGGACACAAAUGUGGGG